AUGGAGAAGCUGGACACCACCGAUGGACAGCUUUUCAUCAAGAAUCUCGCCAGUUUUGUACGAACCCACGAAAAGGCGCUCGCGAAUGCACUUCAGCUGAAGCGCCAACCGACCAGAAAUGGCCAAACUACCCAGACCGGCUCGUCUUCGGGCUCGACUUCCUCCACCCUCGCUGCCGCCUUGUCCUUCGGCGCGCUAAAGUUCACUUCGCAGAGCGUCAAGCCCGCGAAGCUCACCCUCACCCCUCACCACCUCUUUUACCUCCUCUCUCGCUUUGAAGAAAUCUCCAUUGCCGUGGGCCCUAUGAAUGUUAGAUUGGAGAACAUCCAUACCGACGUGUCACAGUCCUACGUGUCCUUCCUGAAUAAACCUCAAAGGUCAAAAGGUGACAGAGACUCGAUUCACUCUGUGUCUAGUGUCCGUAGCGUCAUGUCUGGUAUGAGUUCACUCUGGUCCUCGUUUGGGUUGGCCUCCAAGGAUGCUUUCUCCAAAUCUGAAAAGGCCAAGGCUGCCUUAGAAGCCGAUAUCAAAUACCUAUACUCGGCGUUUACAAAAAUCCCCUGCCUGCGUCUAGCACCCGACCGUCGUGCUCGGCUGAUCCGUGGCUACGAAGAAUUCCCAUUUGACACUGCCGUCCCUCUCCAUUCCUUCAAGAAUUUGAGCGCGUUAGAGAUUAUUGAUAUAGACUUUCGUUCCUUCUACGGCUGGGACCGACUAUCGGAACAACUACGGACCUUGACUUUGAAGAGGGCUAACAUCGAAGACCCGGCGGAGCUACUGACGGGCAUUGUUCUGGACGAUAUUGACAAACGCCGCCGCCGCUCUUCGAAACACCAGAGCUCGCCUGUCCUAGGAUGGAGUGGAAACACCAACCCUCGGCCGGUUAGCAGACAUGAGCCAAGCGGAUCCCUCUCCGCCCCUGGGUCCCCAGUGACAGAUACCGCGCUCGGCUCAAGUGCCAGCCCACAGGCAGUAUCAAUGAUAAGGAUGGCAUCUGAGGGGGCAAAGCCCCGCCUACGAGCUGGAAGCGUUUCUCCUUCGCGCCCGAGUGGCUCGAAGCACUCCACUCAUCGUCGCGGCCAAUCGUCGCGGAUUAGGCGUACUGGAUCAGGGAGCUCCAAUUCAAGUGACAACUCGGGCUACCGUACCGGAAGCUCUACGAACUUGUUAGCAAAUGCCCUCCCAUCGUCCAAAUGGCGAUUCCUGCGGCAUUUGGGGCUCCCUGACAACUCCCUAACCUCUGUUUCUGCGGCUGGCUUAGCUCCUGUCGCCAACACCUUGCACUCGCUGGAUCUGUCAACGAACCUCUUCACUGAGGUUCCCGACAGUCUAGCUUCCUUGAUCGCCUUAAGAGCCUUGAAUCUGUCCAACUGCAUGAUAGAAUCUCUCCAUUCCUUGUCUCGCAACCCCCUUCCUGCCAUCACUGCGCUCAAUCUUCGCGCCAACCGCCUUCGCUCCCUCGCGGGCAUUGAACGGUUGCUGUCGUUGGAACGGCUAGAUCUCCGCGAUAACAAACUUUCAGAUCCCAUGGAGAUUGCCCGGCUUACUAGUCUCCCUGAGAUACGGGAGAUCUGGGUGAUGGGAAAUCCUUUCGUGAAAACGCAUCCCAACUACCGAGUUCUCAUCUUCAACCUGUUCCGCCGUACCCCUGGGUAUUCAGAAGACAUCAUUAUCGACGGUUCCGGCCCUGGAUUCACAGAACGGAAGCAGCUGGUUGAGCGAGCUGCAGAGCCGGAGCUUGUGCCGGUCAUUCGAUCUACCGCCGCUGAUAAUUCUACGCUUGUCAGCAAGCCUUCCAUUUCCCCUGUUACCGGAGCUUCCGCCAUCCGAUCUGGACAAGAUGUAGACAUCUCACGGAUAGAACAUCUUGUCGACGACAAUGGCGCCGGCUCUAGCCGCAGGAAAAAGCCUCACCGGAGAAGAAUAGUUGACCCAUCUGGAGCACCCGCUGUCGAAGGGGAUAGAGAUUCAGGUGCGGUGGUACCUUCUGUCCUUCCUGCUCAAGAUCUUCAGUUGCCUGUUGAUCCGUUUGUCUCGUCGCCUACCGACAGUCAAUGGAAAUCUGAUGGUGGUCCCCAGGCCGGAUCCUUCUACCCCCCAAGCCCGGGAGAGGCCAACAAAGACCGAGAUGACUCUGCCUCCCCAGCAAAUGAUAUUCUGGCUCUGCAACGCACGCUACAGGGUCUCGAAUGGGGCGUAGAUGGAGACUUCCAGAAGCACCAACUCGCAGCCCUUCAGCAGGAGCUCGGCAGUAGCUUUCUCGCCGCACUGCGGGACCACGCCUGGAACCACGCCCAAAUGACCGUCGCUGUUCCCCGCACAGGCACCUACAUUAGCGAAUCGUCUCGACUAUCACCCGAAUCCUUGUCGAGGGCUAAUAGCCAACCUCUCUUGAGCGGGCCCCAUCCCAUUAUAUAA